UCAUACAUACGUACGUGUGUGUGUGUGUGUGUGUGUGUGUGUGUGUGUGUGUGUGUGUGUCCUCCUUUUUCCAGUCUGUCAUUGCUGUGAAGUGAUUCAGGGUCUCCACACAUUGUGAGCAUAGCAGAGAUCCUCAGAGCUGCCUGUUCAUGUCUAACUUUAUUGCAGCCUGGAGUGGGCUUCUUCCUCUUUCUCUCUCUCUCUCUCUCUCUCCCCUCCCUCUCUCUCUCUCUCUCUCUCUCUCUCCCCUCCCUCCCUCUCUCUCUCUCUCUCUCAUGCUCUGGAGUUGAGGGGGUUGACCAUUUGCCAGCAGCUGUUGCUCAUUUCACAAUGGUCCCGCCCAUACAGUGCCGAGGCUGGCAGUGAAGCCGCUCCACACUAGAUGAGCAGCAGAAGAACUUAGAGGAAUAUUGUCUACAUUAGGACCAUCAUGGAGGAGAGACUGAGAGCGCAGGACACAGGAGAUCUUCAAACGUUGUGCUGAGAGAAGCCCAGUGUGGAGCCCAGAUCCUGUUGUGGGCUAAUUAAAUCCCCACCAUCACCGCCUCCCCUCCUCUGGUCAACCAGAAAAAGACAGUAAACUGUCCUGUGGAGGACAGCAUCCUCCACCCUCCUCCUCAGCCUCCGUCAUCUGCCUCCUCAUGUCCCUCCAGGUGGAGUGGAGGGCAGGGCGAGCUCACACAGCGGGCCGCUCGCACACACCUUGACGGGUAUGGCGCUCCAGAGGAGGCUGGUGCUCGGCGUGGUGACCGUCUGCUCCCUGCUGUGUGUCUACGUGCUGUGUGUGUUCGUGGAGAGGCCUCUGUCCUGGUCCACUGAGCCCCUGAAACACUUCCAUGGCUUCACACAGGAAGAGAGCAGCGGCCUAAGAGACUCCGAGGAGCCUCUUGACAGAAAGAGCAACAGUGACCAUGGUACCCGUCCGCCCCCUGCCUCCAACCUUCACCCCGAGCUCACGGCUCUGCACGAACACACACGUGCCACACAGACUCCGACUUUAAAGACUCAAACAUCCACAGCCGCUGAGCAAAGACCAGCAGAGAGACACGUCCUGGAUGCCUCAAAGUCCAGUCCCAGGGCUGAUGGCGUGGACAAAACCAGGACCAGCACCAAAGGCCCCACGCUGAAGCCUCAGCAGCCCACACAGGCAGCCAGGCCAACAGAGCCUCCCUUCAUUGGAGACACUUACAUGAGUGAAGACAUCCCACCACAAACAGACUGCCCCGACAAUAUCCGAAGUCGGGUCACGAAAACUGAAUUUGGCGGGAAAUUUCUGCACCACAUUCCAGUCCUGCAGUGGGCCCAACACGUCACUCCUGAACAGCACCAGCGCCUGAGCCGCUACCCAGGAGCUCACGGCUGGGGAGGCAUCGAUUACAAGACGCUGGUGGAAACUCUCUCUGUCCUCAACUCUUCUGCUAACUGGCAGAUGUUGGACGACUGGAAGGACCACAGCAAUAAAUCAGACUGUAUCCACUGUGCUGUGGUGGGGAACGGUGGGAUACUGAAGGAUUCAAAGAAAGGGGAGGAGAUCGACAGUCAUCACUAUGUUUUCAGGACCAACGGGGCGAUCAUUAAGGGCUUUGAGCGGGACGUGGGCUCUCGGACCACCCACUACACAUUCUCCACCAACACAAUGAUGAACUCCAUGAGGAGCUACGCAGGCGCUGGUUACAAAGGACCCCCUUUGUCUCAGGAAACACGAUACGUUUUUCUGCCAGAUCACGACCGUGAUUACCUGCUGAUGAAGGCUGCAGCGACACACACUCCGGUAGAAAGAGGACCGGAACGGGCCAAAGAUCCAUCCAGAUACUUUGGGAAGGACGUGUCAGCAGAGAAGUUGAAGAUGUACCACCCGGACUUCAUCCGUUACCUCAGAAACAGAUUCCUUCGAUCUCGCACUCUGAAUACAAAAUACAAGAACAUUUACCGUCCAUCCACAGGAGCUGUGAUGCUGUUGGCUGCGCUGCACACCUGUGACAAGGUGAGCGCGUACGGCUUCAUGACCCCAGACUAUAAGAACUACUCUGACCACUACUACGACAGCACCUACCACUCGGUGGGCUUCUACAUCAACCACGACCUGCGCAUGGAAAUGAAUCUGUGGCAGCAGCUGCACCAGGCGGGUCUCAUACGACUCUACAUGCACAAGUGAAGUCAUGUCGACCAGAAAUGACAUCAUCAUAACUGCACGCGAAGGGAACGUUGUAAGGGAAAAUGACGACUCCUCCCCCCCGCCCGGUCUCAAAAUGACUCUCAUGAACGGAGCAAAAAAGUAGCAGGGUUAGUGUUUUUUUCCCAAGGAUUCAUUUUUUUUAAAUGACAGUUGCUGUGGUGGCUCAGCUUGGAGAUUAAGUUUUAUUUAUCUUUUUUUUUUUCUUUUUAAAUGGCAUUUAAUUCCCCCAGGAAGCAUGUCUUUGGUGAUUUGUGAGUCAGAACGGAUCCAGACACUGAGGUUAAAAAACAGACUAAAUGUUGUUUAAAAGAUUUUGGUUGGUUGGUCGGCAGUUAACUUUGAUUCAGACUGAAAUAUUUUGACAAAUAUUGGAUGGACUUUUGGAAUAUCAAAACUUAAAACCUUUCCCCUCAGCCUCUGCUAAAUGCCAGUGAGCACAUGUUGCAUGCUAACACACUAACCUAAGAUGGUGAAUACAGUAAAUAUUUUGCCUGCUAAACACCAGCGUGUCAGCGCUGUGAAUGUUACCUUUUAAUUGACUAAACUGAUGAACAAUCGAGUAUGAAAAUCACUAAACAUACAUCUCUGAGUUUUGAUUCUUACUCAGUGACAAUGUCUCCUGCUUUGAGAAAAAAACAAAAACACUGAAGAGCUAAAAUAGCGAGCAGUUUCAAAAUAAAUACAAUAUUAAGACAACUUUAAUUGACUUGGCUAGUUUUUAGAAGAACCAUACAGUCUGCAUAUAUCAGAUUUAACUUGAUUGGCAACAGUAGCUAAAGAAGCUAAAGUAGGUUAUGUUGACAUCGUGUGAAUUCAGCAUUAGCUAAAAGCAGUGCCUUAAUACAACUGAGGAGAGAUUUUGUUUGAUCUGUCCAUCGUUUGAGCCCAACAACAGAUAGGAAGGCUUGAAAAAAUGUCGGCUUUACUUGUUUUUGACCUGCAAAUCACCAGAACCAUGUGGAGCGUAUCAUACAAUCAGUCCCUGAGAUUCCUGUUAGUGUGCUACAGUGUGUUCACAAGGGACAAGACUGCAAUUGAGUUGGCCACUUGCUUUAAAUAUCCUGUCUCCCCACCCUAAAUAGACAGCCAGAACACUGCUGGCAGUGGCCAAGGUCUAUUCUGACAUUUAGUCAGUAGACCCAGAUUAUGUUUGCUCUCUGAGCCUGUCUGUGUAUUUAUAUUCUACUGUAGAAGGUAACACAAAGCCCCAGAACUCAUUGGAACAGGUAUUUGACUUUAGUUUAAGGGACUUAACUUAUUUUUUUUUUUUAUUUGUUUUCAAUUCUUUUAAGCCAACAAGUGUACUUUUGUUUUUUUACAUGGUGCCACACUGUGAUAAUAAUAACACUGUGUGGACUCUACUGGACUUUUAGUGCCUUUUAAUGUGAAUCAGUAACUCGGAUGAAGCAUUGUGACUGAGGUGGGAAUUUCUGAGGUUGACCCAGGACGUUUCCACAGCAACACAAAUGAGGAAGUCAGAGGACUCGUCUCCUGAAAUCUGCUCAUUCAGCCGCAUGAGCUGUGACCAUGAAGGGUCAAAGUUCGCCAGCAGUUAUUGUGGCCACUCAUCUCAAACUGAACUGAGGCAUCACAAUCCUCAGUGACACAGAUGCACUGACAUAAACAGAUUAGAUACAUUUUUUAUACUGUCAUCAGUGAUAAAAUACUGUAGGUUUGAGAGGGAGGGAUGAGAAACCAAAGACUGAAUACGAAUCAGGGAAUAUGUAUAUUUAAAUUUUUCUUGUUUUUGUAUAAUAUUGAAUCAAUACAUAUUCAUACAAUCUGAUCCUGACAUCUGAAAUACUGUAUCUGUAUUUUUACACUAAGGGGAGAACUUUCAUGGUGCAAAUUCUGACUGAUUCUGGCCUUUUUCAAAAUCUGUAUAAAAGGAAACUGUGAUUUAA